UGUUUUGUGUUUAUCAUGGAGGGGAGAGGCAGUGCUGUCAAUACUCCUGCCUGCAGACCUAGGACUCGAAGAAGCAAGAGUUAUGGUCGGAGCUGUGUGGAAGCACCUUCAUAUUUUUGGCAGUCACCAGGACAUUUAACAGUCCUGAGGGUCCCAACCAGCAGAGGGGCUGCAAAAUCACAAAUCAUUACAGAAAAAGUUGAUCCGGAGCACAUUGCUCUUUUGGUGAAAAAUGAGUGGAAGCUGUCUUAUGUCACCCCCUUGCAUAACUUUAAACAUACACAACUGAAGUUAUAUUCAAGACAUCUCUCAGCAUUUAUCGUGGCAGAGAAACAGCAAGGAGUUGCAGUUGAAGUGGGUUUAGAGGUGGGAUUUACUGUCACCUUUACUGCCGUUAUUGGCAUGGCUGAGACAGAGGAAGACGCUGAGACUGUUUUCAUUCAGAUCCAAUCCAAGCCUAUGUUUGCUGCCGCAGGAGAUGCACCAAAAGUGGUUUGGCGUGGUUGGCUCACAUGUGUCAACGGUGAUCCGGAGUACCUGAGGUCCUUGCCUCCCGAUUUUGUCAGCUUACCUCUGUUUUGUACCAGUGGACCAGAGUCUCUUACUGCCUUGGUUAAGUCUUGGUUCGAAAGGGCUUUCGAUUGUAACUUCGGUUCUUUGAGCUUGAAUUCGACCACUCUCAAUUGGAUGGCUGCUCUGUGGACCGGCUGCCAUCCCACUUGUAAUAUCAGGUAUCUGAAGUUGGAGUGGAAGCUACCAACUCAGCCUCCUUUGGAUGUCUCGUACAACAUAAACCCACAAGAUGCAUGGGGGCUCUGGAACAGCAUUCACCCAGAGGAAAGCGCAGACGACAGGAUUGAUAUCACGGAGGUUCAGUCAUUCAUGAAUGGGCUGGAGACACAUUUUUUUAGACAUUUUAAGAUCUACCUGUCUGCUGGAAUGCUUGUUAAGGUAUCCACUGCUCUUGGAUCAGUGCAUGUUGAUGGGAAAAUUAAGAUCGGAAAUAGCGACUACAUCACCACCCUACUAACACUGCUGACAGAAUGUGCCCUUUUGAAAAUGCCAACCUAAUAUCUGCCAUAUAUAUUUUUUUAAGAAUAUUCUGAUAUUUAUUUUUUCUGUAAAAUAUGUAUAUGUUUUUCUAGCUUUUGUUUUUAUUCACACAGUUGACGGUACCUGUUGACUUUCAUAGUGGGAAUAAACAAAUACUAUGGAAGUCAAUGGUUACCGUCAACUGUGUGCUUACAAUCAAAUGAUCUUCUUUUGUGAUUAAAACGGGUUUAAAACAACAUAAGAGUGAGUGAAUGACAGAUUUUUCAUUUUUGGGUGAACUAUCCCUUUAAAUGGCUAUUGUUUUAUUAAUGCAAAUUAACAGUAUAUUUGUCCUUAAGCCUUGGUAAGACUAUUAGUUUGUCAUAAAUAAAAAUGAUUGUCAGCUGUGUACAUAGGUUUCCCUAUAACUACGUUUGCAUGUAUAGGUUUAUAAAUAGUUAUUCGCAUUUGAAUUUUUUAUAUAGUACCAUGUUUAAACUGUAUAUAGACCUCUGCAGUCCUGAAAAGUAUGUAAAUCACAAUCACAUUGUAAUCUUUGAUUGCAUUUUAUUUUUUAGCUCAUUUAAACUUACUGGCAUAAAAUCUUUUCAGUAGGACACUUGUUAGCUCAUUAUGUUUCUAAAAACAGAAUCUGUGAGCAUGCAUUUGUGUUGCAAGCAGGUAAAAUGUUUUACUGGGAUUUUAAGACUGGUUUGUCUUUUUUUUUUGUGGGAGUCGUAAUUUUUAUAUCAUAAAAUGAUCACACAGGAUGUGCAUGAAAUGCAAUUAGUCUCCAAG